AAACAAACAAAUAUGGAGCAUGGAAGGCGUACCUGCAAUGUCAAAAAUGGGGUUCUUGAGACGCCCAAACGGUGUCGUAUGUCUCUUGAUUCGAUGCGCGGUUUCUGUUUCUGUGUUGGUGGAGGGAGAAGCUGGCUUGCUUUUUCUUUUUCUUUUUCUGUCCAUCUCUCUCUCUCUCUCUCUCGCUCUCUCUUUCUUUCUUUCCUUCUCUCUGACAAUUUCUGUAUGUCUCCGGACGGGCCUAUCUCUAUUUUCAGUUGCUUCGAAGUGUUGUUCUUGGGUUUCUAGAAAUUGUGGAAAUGGCUUGACCCUGUCUUUCGGUUAUUUGAAAUCUAGGGCUUGAUUUGGGGUUCAGAAAGAGAGAGGAAAAUGAGAAGAAUCGAGAGGAAAAGAACCCUUGAUUUUUGGGUUUCCCUAUUUUUUCUGCGUGAAAACAUCAUUCUUGCUCUUGGAAAUGCGAAGACAUAGGGUUCUUUUUGGGUGACGGAGUUGGAAUUUGGGUGAAAAUUCAAAAUAAUCAGGAAGAACGCUUGAUUGCCCCUUUAUUUGUGCAAACGGGUUGUUCUCGUUCUUACGGCCAGAAAAUUUAGGGUUUCUUUUGGGAGGGAAAAAUGAAAAGGACGAAGCUUGAGUCGUUGGUGUCGGUGAGCCGACAAAGAUCGAUUCAGGUCCUGAUUGGCCUAUUGUUUCUGUAUCUGUUGUUGAUGAGCUUAGAAAUCCCAUUGGUGCUGAAAGCUGGGCUAGGGUUUGGAUCGGGAGAGGACGAGCCAACUACGUAUCUCAGGAGCCAGCCAAUCAGGGAACAGUUGGCGCAAGGAGAAGCGCCAAAUGUCGAUUCGUUUAGGUUUCAGGCGAGACGCUCUCGCUCUCGCUCUCACCGGACGUCGGAGAACAGACAUGUGUCCGGCUUGGUAUUUGACGAAAGCGCGUACGUUAAUGCCAGUGAAGAUGAGUUCUCGGAGCUUCACAAGAUGGCAAGGCACGCUUUCAACGUGGGCAAGAACCUCUGGAAGGAGAUUUCAUCGGGGAAACUCCGAAGUGAAUUGGAAAGCAAGGCGGAGAAUGUGUCUGACUCGUGCAAGCACUCGAUUUCGAUGUCGGGGCAUGAGUUUCGGGAGCACGGUCAGCUUAUGGUGAUCCCGUGCGGGCUGACGCUGGGAUCGCACAUUACAGUCGUUGGGAAGCCACAUUGGGCACACCCGGAGCAGGACCCGAAGAUAGCAUUGCUGAGAGAAGGGGAUGAGAGUUUGAUGGUGUCUCAGUUUAUGAUGGAGUUGCAGGGGCUGAAGACGGUGGAUGGGGAGGACCCGCCGAGGAUUCUGCAUUUCAAUCCAAGGUUGAAAGGGGAUUUUAGUGGGAGGCCGGUAAUCGAGCAGAAUACGUGUUAUAGGAUGCAAUGGGGGUCUGCAAUGAGGUGUGAAGGGUGGAAGUCUAGGGCGGAUGAAGAAACUGUGGAUGGACAGGUAAAAUGUGAAAAAUGGAUUCGUGAUGAUGACAAUCACUCAGAAGAGUCAAAAACUAUAUGGUGGUUGAAAAGGCUGAUAGGGAGAACAACAAAAGUGACUGUGGACUGGCCAUACCCAUUUGUAGAGGACAAGUUAUUUGUUCUUACACUAGGUGCUGGCCUGGAAGGCUAUCAUGUCAAUGUAGAUGGAAGGCAUGUCACUUCUUUUCCUUAUCGCACUGGAUUCACACUUGAGGAUGCAACGGGUUUAACUGUAAAAGGGGAUGUUGAUGUCCAUUCUAUAUUCGCUGCCUCCUUGCCAACAUCACAUCCAAGUUUUGAUCCACAGAGGCAUCUGGAGAUGCUGACUAAAUGGCAGGCCCCACCUCUUCCUCAUGGGCAUGCAGAACUUUUCAUUGGCAUUCUUUCUGCAGGCAAUCACUUUGCUGAGAGAAUGGCUGUGAGGAAGUCCUGGAUGCAGCACCCACUUGUCAAAACUUUAAUAGUCAUAGCUCGGUUUUUUGUGGCUCUGCAUGGUAGAAACGAGAUAAAUGUAGAGCUAAUGAAAGAAGCAGAAUUUUUUGGUGAUAUUGUCAUCGUGCCAUACAUGGACAAUUAUGACCUUGUUGUACUGAAGACUGUUGCAAUCUGUGAAUAUGGGGUCCGUGAAGUGGCAGCAAACUAUAUUAUGAAGUGUGAUGAUGAUACGUUUGUAAGGAUAGAUGCUGUGAUUAAAGAGGUGAUGAAAGUCCGCAGUGGUGGAAGCCUAUAUGUGGGGAACAUGAAUUACUACCACAAGCCCCUACGUUAUGGUAAAUGGGCAGUAACUUAUGAGGAAUGGCCAGAAGAAGCUUAUCCGACCUAUGCAAAUGGCCCUGGUUACGUUGUGUCAUCUGACAUUGCUCAGUACAUUGUAUCUGAGUUUGAAAAGCAUAAUUUGAGAUUGUUCAAGAUGGAAGAUGUGAGCAUGGGGAUGUGGGUGGAGCAGUUCAACAGUUCCAAGUCGGUCGAGUAUUUGCACAAUGUGAAGUUUUGCCAGUUUGGGUGCAUCGACGAUUAUUUCACGGCACAUUACCAGUCUCCUAGACAGAUGAUCUGUUUGUGGGACAAAUUGAAAUUCCAUGGAAGAGCCCAGUGCUGCAACAUGAGAUGACAAUGAUAAUGUGCAACUUUCUUGAAGGAAUAUAGAGAAAUUUCAGACAAAAAAAGCCGAGGGGGUAAACCAGUUUUGCAGCCAUAGCUUGUACAUAUUUAGCAAUGUUAACAUUAUUUAAAUAUAUUGGCCUCUUUUGUUCA